CUUUUGCGCAAAUCAGCAUCACCAGUCAUUACCACUCGUACAUCAAUUCAACAUCUGCCGGCACAUACUAUCCUCAUGUCACGCUUGAUUCUCCGAGAAUUGCACACUGGCAGUGACUUGAGGUGUCGCUGGAAGCAUGUGACUUGAGUUGCUACAACACUUUUCCCCCAUUUGAUGUCUCUUGACUCCCCUUCACCUCAAAACACCUUCAAUCACUACCAACUCAAACCUCCUUCGACUGCAUCUGGUUGACAGCAGGUAUCGUCAACUAAUACUCCAGCUCUCUCAGCUACUCUAAAAUCUUGACAAAAGACCCAUCGAUUCUGUCCUUACGGAAGUAACGAGACAAUAUGGCCAAGCUAUUCAUUGGUGGCCUUGCCUGGCACACCGACGACAAUGCUCUUCGCACCAAGUUCGAGGAGUUCGGACCGGUCGACGAGGCUAUCGUGGUCAAGGACCGUGAUACCGGCCGUAGCCGUGGUUUCGGAUUCGUUCGCUUCGGUGACGAGUCACACGCCGAUGCUGCCAUUGAGGCCCUGAACAACCAAGAGUUCGAUGGUCGCACCAUCCGUGUCGACAAGGCCUCCGAGCGUGGCAGCGGUGGCGGCGGUGGCGGUGGCUACAGCGGUGGUGGCCGUGGCGGUUACGGCGGCGGUGGCGGUGGUUACAGCGGUGGUGGUCGCGGCGGCUACGGCGGCGGUGGCUACGGCGGCGGCCAAGGUGGCGGCCAAGGUGGCGGUUACGGUGGUGGUCAGGGUGGUAGCUACAACUCCGGUGGUGGCGGCAACUGGCGCUCCGGCGGUGGUGGCGGCGGCUACGGUGGUCAACAGCAGGGGGGAUACCAGGGCGGCCAGGGCGGCUACGAUCAGCAGCAGUCCAACGGCGGUGGUUACCAACAAGGUGGCCAGGGUGGUUACUAGACGCUCCUCCAUACCGACAUGGUCUCACGACCUACAGUUCAAGUCAAUCUUGACUGUCCCGACACUCUUUCGCUGAUGCGGAAGAGCCCAAACCAACCUCAACACAGAUUGCGAUACGACGACACAUGAAAGCAUGGUUUCAUGGAAUUUGGCACACGGUCAUGCGUGCGUGAGGGCUUUCCUAGCUCUUUCAUUCUCCCAGAACUUUGCUGUUGUGUUGACUGGGACCACGGCUUUUAUUUUACGACGGCUCCCUCAUGAACGAAAGGUUUCGAAGUAGUGAUGAUACCCCCAGCCAUGCAGCAGCUACAUUGGCAAGCAUGACAGAAAAGAAUUGAAUUGUGUAUUUGUGCAA